CCGCACAACAUUCAAUUCCGUUGAACGCCCUUCUUUUAUAGUGAGUGCCACGACCUGCGACAGAACAACGUGUAAUCCCUUUAUCUUGGGAUGCUUUGUCUAUCCUUGCAGGGAGACAGGUUAAUUGCCUAGCGGAUCAAGAAGAAUCAACAGGAAGAAGUCAAGCCUGUUAGAUAUUGAAACUUUCGGCCAUUAUAGACGGUGAUCGGAUGACGACAUUGUCGAGUCACGAGCAGAUCGGAUCCUAUAGGUCCUCGACCCGCACACCCGCCGGAAUGUCCACACAGCCCACAGCAGUCUCCGAGUCGACCGAGGUCGACAAAUCCGCCGUCCUCAGGACAGACAUCGAGGCACUCAAGAAAACCACCCAUGUCCUCGAACCCUUCACGCCACCCAAGUCCUGGCUCAACCCACCCAUCCACGACCCAAACCUCCCCUCACUCUCCGCCUCAAACCCGGACCCAAACAACGUCCUUCUCUUGGUCCCCACAGAAAAUGAAGACAAAGUUCGAGUGGUCAAAGACUACUUCACACGUAAGACUCUCCACGUCCCCGAGCAUGUCAAUUUCCCGCUCCCGGAACCCCUGCGAGUCACCGCCGAGUCACAAGUCGGCGAGCAGCCCUACGACUCGGCCGGGCCCGAGGGCGCCUUCAACAGGGUCGUCAACGCAGUCAGGCAGCUGCAGCGCGAUCCCACAUACCAGAAGUUGCUGGACGACCAUCGCAUCGGAACCGUGGUUGUCGGGUCGGUGGAGAAUUUCAUGCUGAGGAUCAACGAUCCGGAUGGGAAGGGGACCGUGCCGGUGGACUACGGGUUUGUGGUGCUCUGCCGGAUUCCGGUGGUUCGCAGCACUGCGACUGUCGGAUGGGGUGGGCAAUCAUGGGAAUGGAGGACGGGCAUCUCGCGCGGCGUUACCGUGCCGGUGGACUACUGGACGGAGGCGGAAAGGGCUGGGUUUGAUGAUGACAGGGAAGCUACUAGGGAGGCGAGGCGGAGGUUUGGGAAGAUGACGGUUGGCACGCUGCUUGCGCGGUAUGCUGGGUUGAGCAGUGCUAACUGGCAUGAGCAGUUGGCGGAAGUGUCAAGAUAUGACUUGCUGGCAGAGGCGAUGGCCAAUAUGGAGGCACCUUGGCCAGCAUCGGCUGCUGAGAAGUAGCCUAUUGUGCCCAUACCUGGCUGGGGACCUGGUCUUAACAGAAGAACGAAGGUACCGACUACCUGCUGCCAGUAUGUGAGAAGCGCUUCAAGGUGAUAUUGGUCGAUAGAUUCAGGGUUAGGAUUCGGUUUUGGGUUUUUUGUAUGUUGGAUGCAGUCACUUGUUAACGUCUUGAUGUGCUGUUUACCUUGCACAGCGUUAUAGAUGGAAUGUUGGUUUCGUGGCUCUGGCCUUGUCUUCGCUUGCCUCUUGUCACGAUGAUCCCGAAGAAGAAGAAAGUCGCCGAGCUCAUACAUGCGCGGCCUUUCCCGGAACAUGCGACUUGGCUUUCUCCAGCUUUGCCCACUGUGCUUUAGGCCAUCCCACCAUCC